AUGAUAAAAAUACUACAAAAAUUCAAUAAAACACUCUUUCAUUUCUCAAAAGAAGUAUAGCUAAAGCAAAGUGAAACUUUGGGCAAAGGAUUUUAUCAAUAGCAAAUAUUUACAGGAUGCCUAGCUGAGUAUGCUUAUUAUAUUGAAUCAAAUAAGGAAGCAAUAAUUAUUGAUCCUCUUAGAGACAUCUAGCCAUAUCUGUAAAUAUUGGAUAUAUAUAUUUUUAGCAACAUCGCAAAGGAAAGAGGAGCAAAAAUAAAAUAUGUCUUAUUAACACACUUUCAUGCAGAUUUCAUAGCUGGACAUUUAAGUUUAUAGAGAGAAACUGAGGCUUAAAUAAUUAUGGGUCCAAGGGCUACUGCUCCAUUCAUUAGCAAAGUUUUGAAUGACAAUGAGUAUUUAGAAGUAGGAAAAGUUAAGAUUCAAGCUCUACAUACUCCAGGUCACACUUAAGAAUCAACAUGCUUUUUAUUGUAUGAUGAGGAAGGAAAAUAACAUAGGUAUUCAAAAUAUUAAAUUAUAUAGCAUUUAUACAGGAGAUACAUUAUUUUUAGGUGAAGUUGGAAGACCUGAUUUGGCAGUGAAGAGCGAUGUUACUUAAUACGACUUAGCCUCAUUGCUCUAUACUUCUCUUAAAUAGAAGAUAUUGGGAUUGCCUGAUGAUGUUAUUGUAUUCCCUGGUCAUGGGGCUGGUUCAGCUUGUGGGAAGAACAUCUCAGCAGGUUAUAGUUGCACUAUUGGAAAUCAAAAGAAAAACAAUUAUGCUUUACAAGAAAUGGAUUAAGAGACCUUUGUGUAAUUAGUGGCUAGUGAUUUGCCUAAGCCACCUUAAUAUUUCUUUUAUAAUGCAGGCUUAAAUAAAACCAACCAAUUUUAAGAUCUUAGUUUGAUAUUAAAAAAAGCUAAUACAAAAUUGACUCCAGCGAAAGUUGUAUCAAAAUAAGGAAUGCAAAUAAUUGACUCAAGAAAUUCCAUAUCCGAAGGAUUCAUUCCUGGAUCAAUCAAUGUGCCUCUCUAAAUUCCGUUUGCUCAUUGGGUUGGGACACUCUUACCUCACGAUAGAGAAAUAGUUAUUGUUUGUGAUCCUGGAAAUGAAGAAUAAACAAUAAUGAGAUUAUCUAGAAUUGGAUAUGAUAACAUUGUUGGAUAUUUGCAUUUUGAUGAUUGGAAAUUAUCAGGAAAUCCAAUCAACAAACCUACAGAGUUAGAAGUUUAAGAUUUCUUAAAGAGAAGCAAACUUGCAUAGAUUGUUGAUGUUAGAACCAAAGAAGAAUGGGGCAAAGGCAUUCUGAAACAUGCACAAUUAAUUACUCUUAGUGAAUUACCUUAAAAUUUAGAGAAAUUAGAUAAAUUAAGAGAUAUUAGCAUAUAUUGCGGGACUGGAUAAAGAGCAAAAAUAGCUCAUACAUUAUUGGUUGCCAAUGGAUUUACAAGAGUGUAAUAUUGCAAAGUAGGAUAUGAUGAUAUCAUCAAGUGAAUUUUUAUAUUUAAUAUAAUGAUAAAAU